AUGGCCGCGUCCGAACUUACGGCGCCCCGCUACUUGACUGGUGAUCAGGCCGGCCUGCGCGAGUUCUUGGACAAGUUUGAUGUCUUUCUCUUCGACUGCGAUGGCGUUCUCUGGUCCGGUGAUCAUUGCUUCCCGGGCACCGUUGAGACCCUUGAAUUGCUUCGCAAAAACGGCAAACAAGUGGUUUUCGUGACCAACAACAGCACCAAGUCGCGCGCCGACUACCGCAAGAAGCUUGAGGGUCUCGGAAUCCCUAGUACAGUGGAAGAGAUCUUCUCGUCCUCCUACAGCGCCUCGAUCUACAUCUCGCGCAUUCUGCAGCUCCCUACCGACAAGCGCAAGGUCUUCGUGAUCGGUGAGACCGGCAUUGAGCAGGAACUGCGCUCCGAGAACGUGCCGUUCAUCGGCGGCACCGACCCAGCCUACCGACGCGAUAUCGAGCCGGCGGACUAUGCGCGAGUGGCGGCGGGCGACCCGGCCCUUCUUGACCCCGAGGUUGGCGUGGUGCUGGUGGGACUGGACUUCCACGUGAACUACCUGAAGCUGGCGCUGGCGUUCCACUACGUCAAGCGCGGGGCUGUAUUCCUGGCGACGAACAUCGACUCAACGCUGCCGAACUCGGGCACGCUGUUCCCCGGCGCAGGCUCAAUGAGCGCACCGCUGAUCAUGAUGCUGGGCCGGGAUCCUGUGGCACUGGGCAAGCCAAAUCAGGCGAUGAUGGACGCGAUCGAGGGCAAAUUCCAGUUCGAUCGGCAACGGACGUGUAUGGUAGGGGACCGGGCAAAUACCGAUAUUCGGUUUGGCCUGGAGGGCAAGUUGGGGGGCACGCUGGGCGUGUUGACUGGGGUGAGCUCGAAGGAGGACUUUGUGGAUGGGCCGGUGCGUCCGUCGGCGUAUUUGGAUCGAUUGUCGGAUUUACUGGCUGUGGAACCGUGA